AUGUCGUUUGCACGAUCCCUCAACAAGGCGCAGGGCUUUCUCAUGCCCUAUCGGAGACCAACUUUCGGACGCACCCUCUCUAAUUCGUCAGAGCUCUCUCUCACAUCGAACACCAGCGGCCGCGAUGAAGACGUUGGUGGCGAUGCUGUACCAUCAGCCCCAGGCACGCCUGUGCUAGCACCAACGGAGAAUCCAUUCUUUGCGAAGCACGGCUCUGAACCAGCGGCUUGCACAUCACCACGCUCUCGCCCUAUUGCCAUUGAAUUGCCAAAGUCCAAAAAACCCGGGGCUUCAGUCUAUACGCCUACAGAAACUCUCUCUGCUCGCGGCGACCUACCUGGUGGCUAUUUUCCUAUGCAUGAGGACCCCAAGUGUCGCAUUCAUCGUCCACAUCCUUUUCGCUCUGAACGCGAAAAUCGUCAAAAUAAAUCAGAAAUAAAUAUCGACAUGCAGGUGCCAAGGGAGCAACCGUCGGCUUCAACGGCCUCGGCCUGGCAGAGCACACACACGCCGGUGUCAUCCUACAUGCCCUCAGGAAUGCAUGAACACGCGCUGCCUGUUGGCAAAUAUUACCCAUCCAACUACGAAAGACGAACGCGUCAGUUACAAGGUCAACGGACCUUUGUAUCGGAGUCGGUCACAUCAUAUGCCAAGACGGACGUCCAAGGUACCACAUACAAGGGUGGCGAUGAUGCACGGCAGCGCCUGCAACAAUACCAGCGUGACAUGGUUGCACAGGCCUCUAUGGCGUUGGGUGGCUCUUCUAAGCCGAGUAUGCUCCCCGGAAAUGCGUCGGCCUUAAGAAGUAUGCCUUUCGGACCAGACGCACGUUUCGGCCGUCCAUCGACGCCACAGCGACCGAUUUCCCCGCAACUCCAACCUAUGGGCAGUCCUGGCCCAGUAACACCAAUGGACUUGGAGGCACAAGAAGAAUAUAUUACUAAAGGCCAAGUUGUGGCUACUGCAACCUUGGCCCCGCCCGCCACCGAUUUUGUUUCGCACUCGCUUUGA